ACAGAUAAGGAAGGAUUGGAGAAGAACGGUCUACAACUUUAAUGCUAAAGAGACAAUUGUUUGGAUGACCAGUCAAUAUUUUUGUGACAACUGAAAAAGAAAGACUUUCAGGCACUGACACGAUCAUCUACAAAUUGUAGCGAAGACGAAGGACAACAAAAAAACAAAGAGAUUUGAAGAAGGUAAGAGGUGGGAAGAAACUUCACAAUGUCAUCGUUUGAGACCCAGAACCAGUCUCCUCCUCGUUGUGGCCCACAGUUUCCGAGUUUGGCCCAGGAACCUCCGGAGCUCAGCAUGUAUGGUGAAUGCUACUACCCUCCUCCCUCCCUGCCGAGUCCUCAGCGCACCACUCCUGCCUCCUACGAACUGAGCGACUACGCCACCUCAUCUCCAAACCCUUACCUUUGGUUUAACAGCUCUGGAAUGAACUCCUCGUCGUACCUGUCUAGCACAGGCCCGCCCGGUAAUCCCGGCCCACCAUUUGUACCUCAACACUAUGGCAUCCAGAGACCUUACCUGGGCCCAGCUGGACCUGGCGGUCCAGGAGGGGAACUAAGCUGGUUCUCUCUUCCCUCACAAGAAGAUCUAAUGAAGCUGGUCAGACCGCCUUACUCCUACUCUGCUCUGAUCGCAAUGGCUAUCCACGGAGCACCUGACAAGAGACUGACACUGAGUCAGAUUUACCAAUAUGUUGCAGAUAACUUCCCUUUCUACAACAAGAGUAAGGCUGGCUGGCAGAAUUCAAUCAGACACAACUUGUCACUCAAUGACUGCUUCAAGAAAGUACCAAGAGACGAGGAUGAUCCAGGUAAAGGUAACUACUGGACACUUGACCCGAACUGUGAAAAGAUGUUUGACAAUGGAAACUUCCGCCGCAAAAGGAAGAGGAAGUCGGACUCCCUCACCGGUGGUGACGGCACCUCAGGGCCCCCAGAGUCAGGAGACAGUGAGAGGGGAAGCCCGAAACAUCCUGCCCUUACCAUGUCCCCAACAGCGGAUAGAAUCCCCUCCCCUUCACUGUCGGGUCCCACCCCAUGCCUGGGCAGCUUCUUGUCUGAAAUGUCAACGGUUUCCACCGGAGCAACAAAUGAGGUUGGGGGAGACGGGUUGAGCAGGCCACUGCAGAUUAACCUUCCCUUAGAUGGACUUCAUAGACCUACCCAACCAGGAAGCUUUAGUAACUAUUCCCCCAACUCAGGUGUCUCAGAGUGGGUACCGCAGGCGCCAGCUUCCUCUGUUCUCACUUCCUCACCCUCCCACUCUUCUCUAGGUUACUCUAGCCCAAUUCUGAGCCAGUAUAGUGGGUCCAGUGGGCAUUUCUAUCCUACUCUGAGCUCCACCGGAAUCAUCUAUCAUCGCGACGGCACAGAGGUUUAAGGAGACAUAAAGGGAGGGAAUGGUGUUUUCAGAAAGACUGUUGGGAAGAUGUUUCAAAUGCCUUGUGUUAAUUUUGGCUCUGAGAAUAAGGCACCAAAAAGAAUGUUUGUGUUGACAGAGACAGUUGAGAAUGCUUUAGCACCUGACCUUCACUUAUCAGGGCUCGAUUCCCACAGAAAAAGCUGAAUCAGGUGUAGCUGCCUUUCAUUGUCUCAACGUAAAAAAUGCUUCUUGCUUACUAUCAGGUCCUGUCAUCUUUUAUUACAGAUAUAUAUCUCUAAGGGCUGAGUCAUUAUUAACUGGCCCAGCCUAAUCUGCUGACACCCUGCCACUCCACACUGUGUUGUUGAUGGGAAUGCACAGACAGCACAUUUAGAGGGGUAGUUAAAUUACAAUGGUGUCAAAAUUGUGUCUAUGGUUCAUGCACUAAAAGAUAAACAAGUAAUGAGACUUUCUUUCAUGGUCUUUUAGAGCUGCAACAAAUAGAGGUGGUAGUUGUGCUUUGCAUAUUGGUUCACAUGUUGUGGUUUGUUACAUCUGAUUGUUGGUUUGUUGGUAAAACGUUUGUUCAACAGAAUGAGUUUGUAAGAUGUUUCUACAUGCUGUAUGUUGUGUUUUACUAUAAAUAAAAGCUUUUGGA